AUGGUUGCUCUCACCGAUGGCAAAGACUCGUCUUUUUCAGUCGAUAACACAAAUGCGCCGCCGCGCAAACUCAAGAUUUUAAUGCUGCACGGCUACACUCAAUCUGGGAAACUUCUCCAUGCCAAAACACGCGGUAUCGAGAAACUUCUUCACCGAUACUUCCCGGCCGAGAUGAAUGUUCACAACGGCAGUUUCCCCGGAUACCCCGGAGGCGUUCAAUUAAUCUAUCCUACCGGCCCCUUUCGAUUAACCACAACUAAUAUUCCCGGGUUCAGCGCCAAGCGUCUCGACGCCGACGAUGAAAACGAACUCUGGGGCUGGUGGACGCGUGAUAUGGACUCUGACUUAUUUGCCGGACUCGAGCAAGGCUUAGCAAGUAUCGCAAGAGUUAUCCGUGAGAAUGGUGGUAUAGAUGCUAUCAUGGGCUUCUCGCAGGGGGCCGCCGCCGCUGCCUUUGUCGCCUCUCUACUAGAGCCUGGGCGUGAACAAGCCUUUGCUGACAUAAGGAAGAAGAAUCCAUCUGCCAUGCACUUUCCCGAAGAUUGGAGAGACCUCUCAACACUCUGUCCAAACGGCCUAAAAUUCGCUGUCAUAUUUUCUGGCUUCCUACCCAUGCACCCAUCAUACCGCGCAUUUUUCAAGCCUAGGAUCCAAGCCCCAACCUUACAUAUAAUCGGAACCCUCGAUUCGGUGAUUGAUGAGUUUCGAUCAAUAGCUCUAGCAGAGAGAUGUGUAUCUAAAGGGAAGAAGCUGGUUUAUCACCAGGGUGGUCAUAUCGUACCGAACAGCAGGCUGAUAAAGGGGGUAUUGACAUCAUUCAUUAGGGAUUGUUUAAUAGGUCGGAGUAGCGAGAAAGGCGUGGAAAAAUUAAGAUUGCCGUGA